AUGAGCACGGCCGUGCACUAUGUGGCAUCACAGGCACGUCUGCAGCACCACACGCUGCACGUUCAUGUGUUCUCCAUGCUGCAAGGCAAUGUAUCCAGGAGUUGUACAGAUGAGGGUUGGGCAGAUCUGUACCCUGCGCCGUAUCGAGCCGCCUGUGGGUAUGAUGCCAACAGCACUUCAGGGGAUGAGGCGGUGUUCUACGACACAGUCAGGACGGGUUACACCAUUGGACACAGUUUAUCACUCAUCACUCUCACAGCUGCUAUGAUCAUUUUGUGCCUCUUCAGAAAACUGCACUGUACUCGAAAUUAUAUUCACAUGCACCUCUUCAUGUCCUUCAUAAUGAGAGCCAUUGCGGUCUUCAUCAAAGACGUCAUCCUCUUUGAGAGCGAUCACAUGGACCACUGCUCUGUCAGCUUUAUUGGCUGCAAGGCCGCCGUGGUUUUCUUUCAGUACUGCAUCAUGGCCAACUUCUUCUGGCUGCUGGUGGAAAGCUUGUACCUGCAUACCCUCCUGGUCAUCUCCUUCUUUUCAGAGAGGAAGUACUUUUGGUGGUACAUCCUGAUUGGCUGGGGUGCCCCCACGCUGUUCAUCACAGCUUGGACUGUCACCCAGAUUCACUAUAACGACGAGAGGUGUUGGGAGAACAUGGUCAGCUCCGGAUACUGGUGGAUCAUCAAAACUCCUAUUCUGUUUUCUAUUUUGGUGAACUUCAUCCUCUUCAUUUGCAUUAUCCGUAUCCUCGUCCAGAAGCUGCAUUCCCCAGAUGUCGGACGCAAUGAAACCAGCCAAUACUCGAGACUCGCCAAGUCCACCCUGCUGUUGAUCCCACUUUUCGGCAUCCACUAUAUUGUCUUUGUCUUCUUCCCAGACAACUACAAAGUCGAAAUAAAGCUCACCUUUGAGCUUGUUCUUGGUUCCUUCCAGGGCUUUGUGGUGGCUGUCCUCUACUGCUUCCUCAAUGGUGAGGUCCAAGCUGAGCUGAAACGGAAGUGGCGGAGGUGGCAUCUGGAGAGGUUCCUGGGCUCUGACAUGAAGUAUCACCACCCUUCGUUAGGGAGCAACGGUACAAACUUCAGCACCCAGAUCUCAAUGCUCACCAAGUGCUCUCCAAAGACUCGCCGGUGUUCCAGCUUCCAAGCAGAGUUUUCUUUGGUCUGAUGGGACGACCCACCCCAGCUGGGGCCACCCGAGAGCGAAAAAGAGGGAGACCACCAGGACCGUAACAUAAGCCAAAAAGUUAUUUUUAAACAAGACACUCCCUGUGAGUCAACAAAGGACACAAAACUGGAAAAGCCACUGAUGUCCUGAGCAAGAAGGGACAAGCCAGGAUGCAGAGAUGUGUUUUGUUUUGUGGGGGGGUUUGUUAGACUUUCAACUAUAAGCUUAACCCCUUGGUGAUGGGGAAACUCAUGAAUUGGCUACAGUGGCUGUAGCCAUCAUUGGCUAUGAUGGGGAAACUCAUGACUUGGCUAUCAAACGUCUGCAUAACUCCAGCAAGCGUGGGGACUGCCGGGGAAGUAUCUGAUAUGCUCAUAAACAGGGCGGGGGAUAUUUCAUGAGUUCAGAGACAGCUUCUGUGAAAGCCAGAUGCUUUUUUAUUUUUUUUAGGUGAGCCAAUUGAAAAAAAAAAACAAAAAAAAUGUUGCAAUGUGCCAAGGGUCCGAGUGGUAAAGGAUCACAGUACAAGGAGGAAGGUAUCGCAAGUAUAGGGACAGCUUACAAGAGACUGCAGGCUCAUGCAUUUGCAGAUGGAGGUACAUGAGCUGUCACACCAGAAAGCUCUCGUAAAGCUGGAGUCGGCGUGGGAUCUCCAUCGCCAAUGGUCUGCUUUGCCCACCGAGGUACUACCGCCGACGACAAUGCCCCCAGAACGUAGCUUGUUGAGAAGCUAAACUGUGAAUGCCCUUUUCUGCACUAUACUUGUUAAGGGUGACUCAUUUUUAUUUUUAACAGGAAACAAUAGCUUUGCAUGUCUAACAUGUUAAAAAAAAA